AAUGAUUAUAUUAAUUUUGACACGCCCACUGUCAUGUCUUCCAGCAGAGAAGUCCUGUCCUUGUAUCGUAGGAUCCUGUCACUUGCUCGAGUAUGGAGAGCAACCGUUGAAUCUGACAGUGUGAUAGAGAGGAAAUACAUUAAGGAGGAGGCGAGGAGACUUUUUCACAAAAAUAAAUAUCUGCAAGAUCCUUUGGAGAUAAGAGGGUGCAUUGAAGAAGCAAAAUCAAGAAUAGAUCUAGCUCUACAUUAUAACAAUCCUUAUCCAAGACUGGUCAAUUUCCCACAAACAUUUGUUCCGGCCAGCAAACACAAAAGAGCACAAAAAAGACAAACAAAUCAAUCAAAACCAAUUUAUAUCAACUCACAAGAAUAACAAUAAUAUGUAUACCAGUGUAUUAUGAUAAUAUCUUUUCUUAUCAAAAUUAGUGACGUUAAA